AUGAGAUCUCACUAUCGGGCACUUCCUGUGUCAAACGCAGAAUCAUCAGCAACUGGCUCGACCAUUCCAACGCUACAAACAUCCAACAAAGCCGGAGAAAUAGUUCGAUCUCUUGAAACAGUUCUGAUGAGAUCUGUCCACGUUGGUGAAGUUGGUGUCGGUCCAAAACCAGAUCUAAAGAGAGAAGAAGGUGGACAACAGACAACUGGCAAGAGAAAGAUCGUUGAGGACUCAGAAGAGGUAAGUUCGAUAGAGCCUGAAAGUUCUUUAACCAUUGAAGAAGGUGCUGCUCUAUGUCUUGUAGCAAUGUUGCAUAGCGAGAGACCAGUAGUUUUCGAUCUGGAAUCGGUUGAUCGUGUGCUAUCAGCUCGAAAGAGAAGAGAUACUGCCAAGUAUUUCAUAAUAGAUUCUGAAGAUGAUGAAGAAGACAGCAAGAAGCACGUUGAAGAUGUAAAGGUUCUCACUUCAAGUGUGGAAACCCUAACAGAAGACAACGGUGAGGAUGAUGAAGAAAUAUAUUUGGUUGCGAGAGAAAAACCACGUAAGGGAAAAUACAAGUGUGAAACGUGUGGGAAAAUUUUAAGUUCGUUUCAGGCGUUGGGCGGUCAUCGAACGAGCCACAGAAACAAACGAUUCAAGACUGGCGGCAUCAAUGGUCAAGCCGUGAAACCGAAAAAUAGGCCGGUAGCUCAACGACGGUACGAGUGUCAAAUUUGUGGCAAAGUGUUUGAAUCUGGUCAAGCACUUGGUGGUCACAAGAAGAUUCAUUAUGUGUUUCUACAACCAUGCAAAGAUGUGCUUGGUUGA